AUGAUCAUAAAUGUGCAAAACAGGCUGAAGCUGCGUGAUGCCACCGGAGUGGACAUCAAUAUGAGAGUUGGAGUCCAUUCGGGAAAUGUCCUGUGUGGGGUGAUAGGUCUUCAAAAGUGGCAAUAUGAUGUCUGGUCUGAUGAUGUGACAUUAGCCAAUCACAUGGAGGCAGGAGGCGUGCCAGGGAGAGUUCACAUCACAGAAGCUACCUUGUCACACCUGAGUGGAAUGUACACCGUGGAGGAAGUUUGCUGUGUGCGAGACACUUACUUGAGGGAGAACCGCAUCAAGACUUUCUUAGUUGUUGAUCCCAAAGCUGAAGAAGAAAGUUCUCAUGACCUUCUCUCACCUGCACCAGGUGAGAGCCUCACGAUGAGGGCCUCUGUCCGGAUGACUCGCUACCUGGAAUCAUGGGGAGCUGCCAAACCUUUUGCCAACUUCAAACCUCUGGAUAAUCUCCCAGCAGAGGCAACAGGAUUUGUUCGGAAUAACCAUUCGGAUAUCUCUUUGGGAUCUUUGACCAUGGAACGGUGCCGUGCCCCCAGGAGCCCUGAUGAAGACUUGGAAGGUGUGGACGAGAAGUUCUUCCAACUGAUUGAACAGCUGAAUUCCCAGAAGCAAUGGAAGAAAUCUGAAGACUUCAACUGCAUCACAUUGUACUUCAAGCAGGAAUCUCUGGAGAAGGAGUACCGGCUUUCACCAUUACCAUCUUUUAAUUGUUAUACGGCCUGCAGCUUCCUGGUCUUCGUUUCCAACUUUCUCAUCCAGAUCCUUGUCGUUUAUAAAACAGAAGCACUGGGGAUCUCCUAUGGAAUUUCUUUCUUCUUGUUUCUCCUCCUCCUUCUCACCUGCUUUUCUGGUCACCUGGCGAAAUGUUUCCUGAAAGGUCCCAAGAUCUUCUAUUGGGUUCCAUCCAUCUUGGCCAAUGUUUGCACUCAACCAUGGCUACGUGUCUCCUUGGGUAUCAUCACUAUUCUUGUGGUUCUCACAAUGUCAGUGUUGAACUUGUUCUUUAUGCCAGAAACCUCAUGCUUUGUGAAGCUUGAAAAUUCUACCUUAUCAAGCAUGAAUACUGUACAGGAAUUCUCUCGGUUUAACUCCCUCUUCAGUGUGCCGUAUUAUAUCUACUGCUGUGUCCUGGGAUUCCUCUCGUGUUCCCUCUUCCUCCACAUGAACUUCGAGCUCAAGUUGACCAUGCUGAUACUGUGCCUUGUUGGCUACAAUGUGCUCUUCCUUCAUACCCAUUCCUGGCUCUCUGACUGCUAUGUUUCUCAGCUCUACCGUAAUCAAACUGCACUCAGACCUGGGGUGCUGAAGGAGCCCAAGGUGAUGGGAGCAUUCUCAUUCUUCAUUUUCUUCUUCACCCUCUUGGGUCUGGCUAGACAGAAUGAGUAUUACUGCCGCUUAGAUUUUCUCUGGAAGAAGAAGUUCAAGAAAGAACGUGAAGAGAUUGAAACCAUGGAGAACCUCAACCGGGUCCUGUUGGAAAACGUUCUCCCAGCUGAUGUAGCCCAGCAGUUCAUUCGCCAGAACCGGCGCAAUACGGAUCUCUAUCACCAAUCUUAUGAUUGUGUCUGUGUUCUCUUCGCUUCGAUCCCGGACUUCAAAGAAUUUUAUUCUGAAUCCAACGUCAACCAUGAGGGACUUGAAUGCCUCCGGCUGCUCAACGAGAUCAUUGCUGACUUUGAUGAGCUGCUUCUGAAACCGAAAUUCAGUGGGGUUGAGAAGAUCAAAACCAUUGGCAGCACUUACAUGGCAGCUACUGGCUUAAACGUGGCAGCUGGCCAGGAUAGCCAACAGGACAUUGAAUGGAGCUACACUCACCUGGGAACCAUGGUGGAGUUUGCCAUGGCAUUGGUAGCCAAGUUGGACAUUAUCAACAAGCAUUCGUUCAACUCUUUCAAACUCCGUGUGGGUAUCAACCAUGGACCUGUUGUGGCUGGUGUCAUUGGAGCUCAGAAACCCCAAUAUGAUAUUUGGGGAAACACUGUGAAUGUAGCCAGUCGAAUGGAGAGCACAGGAGUUCUGGGGAAGAUACAGGUCACAGAAGAGACGGCUAAAGCUUUGGAGACAUUAGGCUACACUUGCUCCCUUCGUGGAGUUAUCAAGGUCAAGGGCAAAGGUGAACUAAGAACUUACUUUGUCUGCACAGAAACAGCUCGUUCUUGCUCCCAAGCACCAAUGUUGAGCUAAAUAUCAUGAAAUGAGACUCUUGAGGGUUGGAAUUCUUGAUGAAUUCCUCUGGGUAGUUGGGGGACAGCAAGUGUCAUAUUUAAACAGACCUUUUUGGUUCUGCCGGAAGAGGCACCUACCAUGAGAAUUGGGAGAGACAGAGUCCAAGGAAGUCCCAUUUUGUCUUCUAUGAGGAAACCUCCAGCUCCAUCACCACAGCAAGCCAAUGUUUGACUGUAAUUGCAAGUGAGCAGAUGUGGGCCACUAAGAACAUUGGGUGAUCCUCUUGAGAAGACAAGUUAGAUCUUUAUCCUGAUCCAACAAAAGAAAGCUGCAAUUCUCCAGUCCACCUGGAGGCAAUGGAUCCUCCUUUGAAGACCUUCAGUGUUCUACAUGUUUGCUAAUCUGCAGUGUUUGAUGAUGGCUUGUUCACAAACUUCUUUCAAUCUGAUCUGUACUGGUAUUACCAAUCCAUAACCAUCAUGCCCAGAAGACCUUUAAACUCAACCCACUCUCAAACAAAAUUGAGGAUUGGCUUCAUAGAGCCUUUGAAGAUUGAAUACAUGACAUGGGUGUUGUUAUGGGUUGUGCAGAUAUCUCAACAGGCAGAUGACAUUUGUUCUGACCGAGGCUUCCCAAGAGCAUGAAGCAAACUCCUUGUCCCAACAAAAAACCCUUUUAUUAAUUUACU